UUCACAUUUGUAAUCAUGCAUAAAAUCUUCACACAGUUUUAUUUACUUUCACAGGAUAUUUGGAGACCUAAAGUUGAACAGAGAGACAGAGAAUGGACAGAAGAUGAGAGAAAGAAAAUGGAAGAAUCUGUUCUAUAUAUUGAUGAGUUUAGACUCAUUGGUCCCAGUAAUACAGAGAUGUAUAAUCGCUCUGCUGUCACUCUCUCAUGUCGUCUGUCUCCUAAAAUCAGUGCUGUUGACUUGGAGAUCCGGUGGUUUAAGGAGACAGACUGUGUUUGUGUUUAUAAGAACAGUAAGGUGACAGAGGGGAGAGGUUAUGAGGGCAGAGUGAGUCUGUUCACUCAGGAGCUGGAGAGAGGAAACGUCUCCUUACAGCUGAGAGACUGUAAACGGUCAGAUGAUGGAGAUUACCUCUGUCAGGUCACUGAUGGAGACAGAACAGAAGAGAUUACAGUAUGUAUGUUGGAUAUUUGGAGACGUGAGUAUAAACCCCUUUUCUGUGCUAGUGAUGUCUUGAUGCUGCAUGAAUAAUAUAUUUAUUGUUCAGAUGAAAUAGAUUAGACUGUGCUGUGUGUUCAGAGUGCAAUAGCACAUAGAUAUCUGAGCAUCAUGAGCAUAGUGUAGUGAACACAACAGACUGU